GUAGCGCUCAGCUGACAGACGCUCUGUCGACGUUAGCUUUCAGCAGCUCUGGCUUGUGUGUUUGUGAUGCAGUAAAUACCUUCUGCUAAAAGUUCGUAUUUAAAAAAUGGAGCGUUACGGGUCAGAUGCGGAGGAGGGCGACCAGAGAAUUCCGCUGAUUCGUCGGGGACGCGAAGAUGGAGUGCAGAAAGCUCCAGCAUGCUGUUCAUCGCGCUACGCCCUGGCAGUGCUUUCCUCUUAUGGCUUCUUUGUGGUCUACUCCUUGAGGGUGAACCUCAGCGUGGCGAUGGUGGACAUGCUCAAUAGCACCCACCAGUCAACUGCCAACCACAGUGGUGCCGAGUGCCCUGGUCAUGCUGACCCUGCAGUACGCAAACACAACCACACGGCCAGUGUGUACAACUGGGACUCAGAGACACAGGGAUGGAUCCUGAGCUCUUUUUUCUACGGUUACAUAGUGACACAAGUCCCUGGGGGCUACCUGGCUGGCCGCUUUGGACCCAAGUGGCUGAUGGGCCUUGGAAUCCUGGGGACUGUAAUUUUUACCCUGAUUACCCCUGUGGCUGCUGACCUGGGUGCAGGCUACCUCAUUGCUGUCAGAGUGCUGGAAGGGAUUGGAGAGGGAGUUACAUUCCCGGCAAUGUACACCAUGUGGGCAGCCUGGGCCCCACCGCUAGAGAGGAGCCGGCUGCUCACCAUUUCCUACAUUGGAGCACAGCUGGGGACAGUAAUAAGCCUUCCUGUGUCUGGUGAAAUCAUCUACUACCUAGACUGGACCUACGUCUUCUAUAUAUUUGGUGCUGUUGGCCUGGUGUGGUUCAUCCUGUGGGCUCUUCUCAUCUUUGACAGUCCAAAUACCCAUCCACGAAUAUCAGAGGAGGAGAGACUCUAUAUCACCUCCUCACUUAAGAAUGAGCUGUCCACCUCGGCAAGCAACAUCCCCUGGCGAGCCAUAGUGACAUCGACUCCACUGUUGGCCAUUGUUGUGGCUCAUUUCUCUUACAAUUGGACCUUCUAUACCCUCCUCACUCUGCUACCAACCUACAUGAAUGAUAUCCUGGGAUUUAGCAUACAGCAGAACGGUUUUCUGUCGGCUCUGCCUUACAUGGGAUGUGCUGUGUUCGCUGUGCUGAGUGGCCAAAUCGCCGACUAUCUGCGAGAAACCUGCAAAUACCGCACGGUUGUCGUCAGGAAGGCCUUCUCUCUCAUUGGAAUGAUUGGGCCAGCAGUGUUCCUGGUGGCAGCAGGUUUUAUUGGCUGCAAUUACAUCUUGGCUGUGACCUUCCUCACCAUCUCCUCUUCUCUCGGAGGAGUGUCAGCCUCUGGCUUCAACAUCAACCACCUUGAUAUUGCUCCUUCGUAUGCUGGUAUUCUUCUGGGCAUCACCAACACCUUUGCCACCAUUCCUGGCAUGGUGGGACCAGUCAUAGCAAGAGCUCUAACCCAGCAGAAAACCUUUGAGGAAUGGCAGAUUGUGUUCUACAUUGCUGCUGCCAUCAACCUGUUCGGGGCUAUAUUCUAUACUGUGUUUGGUCGAGGGACAGUGCAGUCCUGGGCUGUCCACACGUCCUACAUUCAUGCAGACUGAGGCAAAAGACAGUUAAGAGACCCUUCGGUUUUCAGAUUUGCCCAAUGGAUUAGUCUCACAUGGGCUCAUUCAUCAGGUAAUUGAAGCAAGAGAUGCGUUCCAGCUAUAUUCAUUAUGGCCAAGUAAUAGUGUGUAACAGCCAUGAUGCCUUUAAAGAUGUUCUCUACUGUGGCUGUGGGUUCAUAGUCUUGAGCCUGCAGUCAGUGAUUUACAGGCUGUAUAAGUAACCACAAUUAGAGUAUGUUAAAUUUGGUAAUUAAAGACUAUUGUUUAAAUCAUGAUAAAUAAGCUAUGGAAGAAAUCAUUUUACUGUAGUUAUUAAUUUUGGGGUUUUCAAGUCAGCCUGCUUGUCCCAAUUGUUCCUUCCUCCAGAGAACUUCUGUUUUAAAGCAUUUUUUUUAACCUAGAAAAUUCUCAGUAAAUCCUUACACAUUAUUUCCAGUACAAGCCUAUAUUCUCCAUGAGGGUUUUUUCAUUUGUGUGUAAAGUUUAGGAAACUAGACAGAUAUGAUUUUUGAGACAGAUAUUUUUUUGAGUCAACAUUGUGGCUGCUCAGUGCACAGACUCAUUUAGGAUGAUGCCUUACAGCAAAGUCUCCUUAAUGUGAUUUUUAAAGCAUUUUAUCCUUACUCUUAUAGAAAUUUACUUUUUUUUUUUUUUUUUUUAUAAUUGUCACAUGGUGCAGUGUCUUUUAAGUUUUGAGGUCCACGAAGUACCUCCUAUUUUAGAUAGCAAGAUUGAACUUGUUCACAGCCUUAGUAAUGAAGGCAAGGGACGCCUGUUUAAAAGGGGUUGCUGGGGGAUAUGGCUUUGAAUCAUUCACAGGAUUUGCACUUUCUGUGUCAAUUCUCAGGUAUCUUAAAUCAUACACUAUACUGCCAAAAGUAUUAACUCACCCAUUCAAAUCAUUGAGUUCAGGUGUUUUAAUCACUUCCACGGCCACAGGUGUAUAAAAUCAAGAAGGGGUCGCUCUCAGGAGCUCAGUGAAUUCCAGUGUGGUAACAUGAUAGGAUGCCACCUUGCUACAGACCUCCAAACUUCAUGUGGCCUUCAGAUUAGCUCAAGAACGGUGCGUAGAGAGCUUCAUGGGUUUCUAUGGCUGAGCAGCCGUAUGGAAGAAUGGUCAAAAAUUCCCGUAAGCACGCUCCUAAACCUUGUAGAAAGCCUUUCCUGAAGAAUUGAAGCUGUUAUAGCUACAAAGGGUGGGCUGACAUAAACCCUACUGAUACCCUAUGUCACUCAAGUUCAUGUCUGUGUGAAGGCAGACAAGUGAAUAGUUUUGGCAAUAUAGUGUAGAAGGUUUUAAAGGGAUGUUUGUUUACUUUUCACAGUUUGAUUAAUCUAUCACACUGGGGCAUAUUUCCUCACAUUUAAGUGUCAGUGUGGUUGUUACUAUGGUAUGGUAGUUCUUAUUCUUUAUGACUGUCAACAACUAAUUUGUUUUUCCAUCAAAUUUGCACAUGUAUACUAUACAUUAUGUACAUUUUACUUAAUACAUAAUUACAAUAAAGAGAACUCUAAGCUAAGCUGCAUGGUUAACAUUUUGUCUUGGUUCAAAGUUCUGUAUAUUUACAUUGUGCCUUGCUGCAUUAGUUUAAAAGGGAUCAGCACAGCACUCAGUUUUCAUGAAAAAUUAUUUUUGUUACUGCUUUUAUUCAUUGUUCAUGUUAUACAGUUUGUUUAUACAGAAUAAAUGGACAAUA